AUGUCCAACGCGGCACUUGCUUACAUCCUCUCCUUCGUCGCCGCCGCCACCAUUGCUCUUGGUGGUGCCGCCGCGGCCGAGGGGCGUCUUGUUGCCCAGGAGCUGCUGGGCCAGCAGGUCGUCUUUGCGCGCGACGAAGUUUUCUCGCGCUUCAUCGCCGAGCUCCUCCUCCGCCUCCCCAACUUCCUUGCCCCUGCUGCUGGAACUUCGAUGCUUUAUCUGACUCUUCCGCAGCUUUAUCAGCAGAUGACGCACCGGCCCGACGCAUCAUUCUUGGCCCCGGACCAGAUGGUGCGCCGGAUGCGUCAGUGGCGUCGCCUCGGCUAUACGGUAAUGUCUAGCCCCUUCGGUAAGAUUGCGCUGCUUGAGGCCCUUCACAUGGGUCCCAAGAGCGUGGUCCACCAAGGUUUGUAUGAGCCAGGCCGCCACGGUGUCCUCAAGAUCGCCAUCAAGAGCACACGCAAGAGUGCACUCUUCAAGACUGAGGAAAGGGCUCUGGUGUCUCUCCGGCAUGAGAGCAUCCUCCCCCUCUACUUCACGGGAACCACCGAGAACGCGCACUUCAUGGUCUCUGAGCUCAUGGUCGGCUCCUUGACGCACAUCUUGAAGAAGUCGUUCACCGCUGUGACCCGUGGGCCUGAGGCCUCAUUUUUUACCGCUGUGCGGUAUUUUAAGGAUAUUGUGGGCGCGCUCGCCCACAUGCACGGCGAGGGUUGGCUCCACCGCAACAUCUCGCCGGGCAACAUCCUCAUCAACAAGUACAAGCGCGCGAUUCUCGCUGACUUCUCCAGGGCAACCCGCACCCGUGCCAUGAAGGAUGACGAGCUCUUUGGCUCCGAACACUACAUGGCGCCGGAGUGUUUUGACGGCUACUGGAACCAGUCCAGUGACGUCUUCGCUGCGUGUGCUGUGCUUUUCAGGUUGAUCAACGGUAUGACAUUCAGGCAGCAUCUUGCGACGGAACCUGGUAUGAGUGACCGCGCUCAGCACUUGAACUGGGAGCUGCAGUGGGGUGAUUCCCAAGACUCUCCCAUGCUUCACCUGCUGCAAGCCGGCCUCUCCCUUGACCCGAGGAAGCGCCCGACUGCCGCCGAGUGCGUGCAGCUUGCCAAUGAGAUCCUGGAAGCCGGCGGGGAGGCGAAAGUUCCCCUCGAUGAGAUUGAGCUCGCUCCCGAGUUCGAGAUCAUCGAGCACGUCGACGCCGACCCGACACUGUGCCACGACAUCAAGAACGGCGCCUCGCGCGCCCGAUGCACAGCGGCGAAGAUCAAGAAGAUCGCCAAGAAGGGUUUCGGCAAGCUCAAGCUGGCUCUUGAGAUUGGUUGGAUAUGGGGAUUGUUCUUCGGAACACAUUAUUGGAAUUGA